AAAAGCCCAGAAAAAAUUCGAAACCGUACGGCGGAAAAUGUUACUAAUUUAGGGUCUUCGUCUCCAUUUCCUCACUGUAAGUCGAUUCCUCUGGUCGUCUUCCUCCUCCAUUCCCUAACUGUUCAAUCAACCCACUCCAUUUUGGAAUCGUGGCUCCGUUGCUGAUCAUUUCCAAGUGCAUAAGCACCCAUGGAGACUUCCUGCAACAACACAAACGCCUUCUGCAACUACUGCGAGCAUGCUCAAGGGUUCAGUCCCUUAUAGCAACAAAACCACUCCAUGCUCUCUCCAUCACAAUGGGUCCAUCUCCAACCCAACCCAUUUUUGUUUACAACAACAUCUUGUCCCAGUAUUUUUCACUUGGCGAAUUGUCAGUUGCACGUCAAUGGUUCGACAAAAUGCCUGAUAGAAAUGCUGUAUCAUAUAAUAUCAUAAUUAGUGCUUACAGUAGAUGUGGGUGCGUAGGGGAAGCUUGGCGAAUGUUUUCUGAGAUGAGGUGUUAUGGUUUUGAGCUAACUCAGUAUGUGUUUGGUGGGUUGUUGACAUGUGGGUCAUUGGAAGUUUAUCAUGGGGUUCAGUUGCAUUCUUUGGUAAUAAAGAAUGGUUUGUUUGAUGUUGAUGCUUUUGCAGGGACUUCUUUGUUAAGUUUUUACGAAAGGCAUGGGUUGUUAAAGGAAGCGGUUUGGGCAUUUGAGGAUAUGCCUUGUAAGAGCUUGGUCACAUGGAAUUCAAUGAUAUCCGUGCUUGGGAAUCAUGGGUUUGCUGAUUAUUGUGUGGUGUUAUUUCGAGAACUUGUGAGAAAGAAUUAUACUUUGUCUGAAGGUUCUUUUGUGGGUAUUCUUUCAUCAUUUUCAUGCCAACAAGACUUGGGAUUUGGGGAACAACUGCAUUCUUUAGCCAUAAAGAAUGGGUUUAAGUGUGAAGUUCUUGUGGUGAAUUCUAUUAUGAGUAUGUAUGUGAAAUGCACUGACAUAUGCUCGGCUGAGAAAGUUUUGGAUGAGGUUACUGUUCAGGAUGUUGUAUCAUGGAAUACUAUCAUUGGUGCAGUAGCGAAAACUGAGAGAUCUUGGAAAGCACUCGAACUCUUCUCUAAAAUGUCGAUGGAUGGAGUAUUGCCUAGUGAGAUCACAUUUGUUAGUCUUAUAAACUGUUGUAACCAUUUGGAGAUGCCGUGCUAUGGUGAGUCCUUUCAUGGUAAGACAAUCCAAAAUGCUUUUGAAUCUAAUGUUUUUGUAGGUAGUGCACUGAUUGACUUUUAUACCAAGUGUGAUAAUUUGGAAAAUGCCCAUUGCUGUUUUAAUGAGAUAUAUGCGAAAAAUGUGGUUUCCUGGAAUGCUUUGAUUUGGGGAUACUCUAAUAUCUAUUCGCCUGCUUCUAUAUUCUUAAUGCAAGAAAUGCUUCAUUUGGGUUACCGACCAACUGAGUUCACGUUUUCAGCUGUUCUUAAGUCGUCGUUGGCAUUAGAAGCACAACAAUUUCAUUGCUUAAUUAUAAGAAUGGGCUUUCAGGAAAACAAGUAUGUCUUGGACUCUCUUAUAACCUCAUAUGCCAAGAAUGGUCUCAUAUCUCAUCUGCUGGUCUUUCUCACAGCUUCUGCUGAUGGUCUGCUUUCUGCUGUUCCUUGUUAUGUCAUUCCUGGAAUUUGUAAUGGAACCAAGCAAUAUGAUGAUACUCCGAAAUUACCUACGGUUCUUGAAAAACUUGACCUUGUAUCCUGGAACUGUGUGAUUGGAGCUUGUGCCCGCAGUGACUAUUACAAAGAGGCAUUUGAGCUUUACAAAUGGAUGCAGUGGUAUCAAGUCCUACCAGACAAUUAUACGUUUGUUAGCGUUCUAAGCGUCUGUGCUAAACUGUGCAACUUUUCUCUGGGCAGUUCUCUUCACUGUUAUAUCAUUAAGACUAAUUUCAAUUGUUGUGACACAUUUGUAUGCAACAAGUUAAUUGACAUGUAUGGGAAAUGUGGUAGCAUCGGCAGCUCAGUGAAGAUCUUUGAAGAAAUGGAAGACAAAAAUCUAUUCACAUGGACAGCCCUGAUUUCUGCACUUGGACUUAACGGUCAUGCUCUUGAGGCAAUAAAACGAUUUAGAGAAAUGAUUCUCUUCGGCUUGAAGCCAGAUGUAGUGACUUUUAGCACUAUGCUUACAGCUUGUAGGCAUGGCGGGUUGGUGACAGAUGGGAUCAAGUUAUUUGAGCAAAUGAAAAUGGAUUAUGGGGUUGAACCAGAAAUGGAUCAUUACCAUUGUGUGGUGGACUUACUGGCUAAAAGUGGACAUGUUAGGGAAGCAGAGAAGGUGAUUUCCGACAUGCCCUUCCCACCAAAUGUCGUUAUAUGGCGUAGUUUCUUUAAGGGCUGCAAGAGUUAUGGAGCUGAUACAAAACAAGCCCUGUAAAGCAAGUUCGUAAGUAAGUUUUUGUUUUACAAACUUCUUCAACGUUGCUUAGAGAAAGUAAAUCCAAGUUCAUGUCUGCUGUGAUAUCUUAUUUGAGUCAUAAACAUUGUCACUUACUCACUUACCCCUCUCAAUGUGCCCCCUCCAGUCUCUAGGAUCUCCCUCCAGCAAUCCAUUCCCCUCACCUCACCUCCUUUCUCACCUAUUGCAAAGUGGCCGUUCAUAAGUGGCUACAUAGUCAUUGUCAUUACUUACCUUCUGUACUAUUUGAGAUUUUUCUCAAGUGAUUUUGCAUGCAACUUUUAGGAGGUUAACAAAUAAUAGUGCUAGCAACUUAUGUUUUAUUCUGCACCUUCAUCAUUCAGAUUCACAUAUAAAACCAAAAAUCUAACAUGGUAUCAGAGCCUGGGCAUCAAUUUUGUGAAGUUUUGUGAAUUGAGUCACAACAAUAUCUCAUUGCAGUGAAACUUUAAUUGUGUAAAGAUCUGAGUCUAACAUGGCUAGGUCUGGUGGAGGAGAGCUAAGAGCACCGAUUUUCAACGACAACAAUUUUGAUUACUGGCAAAUCAAAAUGAAGACCAUCUUCCGUCCCACGUGGAAUCGAGUCGAGAAGGGCUUCAAUACUCUGGUGAAGAGGGAGAAGGAGUGCUCGGCAAUGGAGAGCAAGCUACUGCAAGAGAAUCUUGUCAAGGAUGCAAGAGCACUUGGUAUUAUCCAAGGAGCUGUUUCCGAUCAGAUUUUUCCACGGAUUGCAACUCAGGAGACUGCAAAGGCAGCCUGGGAUAUCCUGAAGCAAGAGUUCGUCGGAGACAAACAAGUGAGGUCAGUGAAAUUACAAGACCUUCGCCGGAUUUUGAAUAUACCCAUAUGAAUGAGGAUGAAUCCCUGUCUGUGUAUAUAGUUCGAUUAUUUGAUCUGAUUAAUCAAAUGGAGAGUUAUGGUGAAUAUUUGAGUAAUCAGAUAAUAAUGUAGAAAUUGUUAAUUAGCCUACCUAAGUCCUAUGAUAGUAUUGCAUCAGUGAUUGAAAGUACUAGGGAUUUGGAAACCAUUGAUGUUCAAGAUGUGGUUGCUAUCCUGAAAGGAUAUGAGUAAAGGCUGAAUAGACAUGGAGAAAGCAGUACAGAAAGGACAUUUGCUAGAUUGAACAUUUCAUCUAAGAACAAUAGUUUUAGUGGUCAAUCUAACAUUGCUAACAAUGCUAAAUAUCAGAAGAAUUUCGAAGCCAAAGGGAAGCAGUGGAAUAACAAACCCAUUGUUUUUGUGAAGAAUGAAUUAAUUGGCACUGCAGAAAAGGGGGCAUGUAAACAUUGUGAUAAACUGCACUAUGGAGUGUUGCUUCAAGGGUAAACCUAAAUGUCACAAGUGCAGUAAAUUUGUUCAUUUAGCUAAGAACCGCAAACUC